UAGACAAAAAUAACUUUGAUCCACUCUGUUUCAAGCUGUCACCAAAAUGUCGUCUUCUUCUUCUUCUUCCUCCUCUGCUUAAACCUCAUUAGUUUAAUCCUAACGAACAAACAAAUCAGAGACUCGAACGAGUGGUUCCAACGCCAUGAUUCCUAUCCUCCAAAUCUCGAUCCUUUGUUUCUUCCUCUUCGCCGGGAUCUCGAUCUCCUCUUCCUCAGAGGAGGAAGAGACUAUAUACAAGAUCCUCCAGGACAACGGACUCCCGUCGGGGAUAUUCCCGAAAGGCGUGACGGAGUUCACCUUCGACGGCGAGACGGGACGGUUCUCCGUUUACUUGAACCACUCCUGCGAUGCUAAGUACGAGACGGAGCUUCGCUACGACACGAACAUCACGGGGACGCUGAGCUCUGCUAACGUGACUGAUUUGUCGGGAAUCUCGGCUCAGGAUCUGUUCCUGUGGUUUCCGGUUAAAGGGAUCCGUGUCGAUGUCCCGAGCUCGGGGCUUAUAUACUUCGAUGUUGGUGUCGUUCGGAAGCAGUACUCGUUGUCUGUGUUCGAGACGCCGCGAGAUUGCGUCGCGGUUCGGCGUGAGAAUGAGGUUGAAUCUUCUGUGUUGUCAUUGCAUCAAGUAGAUGAAACUCUUGGGAGAAACGUUAUUUAGCCGCGGAGAGUUGUUUUUAAGAAAAUGUUGUUAUACUAUACACCACCACAAAGAUAGACAGAUUGUUCUCUCAUCAAAAUUCUUGUACUGUUCUUUUUGGUCUCAAAUCUUUAAAAGCUUGAUUCAAAGUCAAAAUGCUUUACCUCUUUUCCCUCCACAUUCCAGUUUUGUUUCUGUAUUGCAUUCUUAUAUUCUUGAGGGGGAGUUAGAUGGUAGAGAAACAAGAUCUGGUUUGUUUUGGAGAAAGAUGUUGAAGGAAUGGUCCAUAUUUGGUUUGAUGAUAACAGUGAUGUGAGGUGAUGAAUGUUGUAUUAUUUUUGGUUGUCUAUUGUUUAAACAGAUAUUUAUCCUAUA